GCAAUUGUAUGCAGAAAAUAACAUCAGUAGAAAGCUUUUUCUGAAUUAUUACAUUAUAAUAUCCCAUUCUCCAAAAGCAUUUUCACAUUCCCAAAAUAACCAAUCAUGAACCCAUUAGAAUCCGAAGAGUUCAGAAGACAAGGCCAUAUGGUAAUCGAUUUCAUAGCAGAUUACUAUAACAACAUCGAAUCCUACCCGGUUCUAAGCCGGGUCGAACCGGGUUAUCUCCGAAAACGGUUACCCAAAUCCGCUCCGAAAAUUCCAGAACCUAUCGAAACCAUUCUCAAAGAUGUGAACGACCACAUUAUUCCGGGUUUAACCCAUUGGCAAAGCCCGACCCAUUUCGCAUUAUUCCCAUCCAGUGGGAGUACUGCCGGAUUCCUCGGAGAAACCCUAGCUGCCGGGUUAAACGUCGUCGGACUCAACUGGGUCUCAUCUCCGGCAGCCACGGAGCUGGAAACAGUAGUAAUGGACUGGCUCGGAGAAAUGCUCAAACUCCCUAACUCAUUCCUCUUCUCCGGCACCGGCGGCGGCGUUCUGAUGGGUACCACGUGUGAGGCGGUGAUUUGCACACUUGUGGCGGCGAGAGAUCGAAAGCUUAAUGAAAUCGGAAGAGAAAACAUAGGAAAGCUUGUCGUUUACGGGUCGGAUCAUACCCACAGUGCUUUUCAAAAGGCAUCCAGAAUCGUUGGGAUCCACCCGGAAAACUGUCGGAUCAUCGAGACGAGUAAAAAGACGCUUUUGUCCAUGUCCUCAGAAAUAUUAAAGAAAAAGAUAGUUGCUGACGUGGAAGCAGGAUUGGUACCCCUCUUCGUUUGCGCAACAGUGGGGACCACAGCAACCACAGCGGUCGAUCCACUAGGUCCGAUAUCCGACGUGGCAAAAGAUCACGACAUGUGGGUCCACGUGGACGCAGCUUACGCUGGAAGCGCGUGUAUUUGUCCGGAAUUCCGACAUUUCAUCGAUGGAGUUGAGCGCGUGAACUCGUUUAGUUUCAACGCGCACAAGUGGUUUUUCACUACACUCGACUGUUGUUGCCUUUGGGUAAAGGAUCCAAUUGCGUUGACCAAGUCUUUAUCGACAAGCCCUGAGUUUUUGAAUAACAAAGCGACCGAGUCAAAGUUGGUCGUUGACUACAAAGACUGGCAAAUAACACUAAGCAGGAGAUUUCGUUCGCUUAAACUAUGGUUAGUUCUUCGUAGCUAUGGCGUUGAGAGACUCCAAGGGUUUCUACGAAGCCAUGUAAAGAUGGCUAAACAGUUCGAAGCUCUUUUAGGUACGGACGACAGGUUUGAGGUUGUCGUUAAGAGAAACUUUUCUUUGGUCUGUUUUAGGAUUUCACCAUUGGCCAUAAGUAAAUUCAAAAUUAUUAUUACUACAACAACAACUACAACUACUAAAAACGACGUCGUCUUCGGUGAUGAGUAUGGUGUUAUUAAUGGUAACGUAAAUUUACGUGAAGCAUGCAUAAAUGACGUGAACAAAGAGUUGUUGGAGUCUAUAAACGGGUCGGGUCGGGUUUACAUGAGUCAUUGCAUGGUUGGUGACGUGUAUGCUCUUCGUUUUGCUGUUGGGUCAACCUUGACUGAGGAAUCUCACAUUGUUAGGGCUUGGAAGGUGGUGAAACAGCAUGCAGACGCAAUAUUAGCCAAUUAUAUAUAAUAAUAAUAAUAAUAAUUAAGCUAUAUAAUAAUUGAUUGAUAUGAUAUGAAUAUACAGAAGAUCACACAUAUAAAUAUAUAAAUAGCUAAAUAUAAUUGUAUUGUAUUGUCUGUUUCAAAAAGUGAGAAUAUCACUUGCAGAUUAAUUGAUGAUGAAUGUAUGAUAUUUUGGAUCCAAUAAGAUUUGAAUUUUCACCUGCAAAA